GAUACACGGUCGUUGGAGCAGCUAGUGUACCGUGCACCGCUGGCCUGGUCGUGUAGCAGUACGCCUUGCCUACCUGCUGCUCAUAUUCUAAGGGGGAGCAGAGUCGUACUUGAGACUCGAGUCGUAGCAAGUGGCGGUGGGUGCACGUGGCGUUGCUGUGUACCUAUGUUAGUUUUUCGUGACUCGUGUCUGUGUGUUACGGAAAGUAGCUGUGGCGAUGAAGUGGUUCCGUGAAGUGUUUCUUUUUUAUUUUUUUGUAUAUUGUUGCGGCUUUCUGUGGUAGUGGUGCUGUGGUGAUUAACGAGAGUGUGGUGCUUAAGGUGGUGAAUUGCUGCACCUACUGAUCCUAAUGAGGAAACAUUGAAUGGUGGUUAUACUGAAGUGGUCACGUAAGCACAGAUGUAAAGGAGAUUGUAAAAUGUAUGAUUACUGAGGGGGGAAAGAAAAGAAAAAAAGUCGCCUUCAGCAGCAGUGGAAAAGAAAACGUGAUUGAAAGAAGCCCAAACUGAAGUAGGUGUAUAGGCGAAGCGGUACACUCCAACCAGUGCUGGCAGAGGAGACACCAAUAAAGAGAGAGAGAGAGAGAGAGAGAGAGAGAGAGAGAGAGAGAGAGAGAGAGAGAGAGAGAGAGAGAGAGAGAGAGAGAGAGAGAGAGAAACCAGGAGGUAAAGAAAAAAAAUCGUUAGAAAAAAACAGAAACCACCACCACCACCAUCACUAACGACAACAAACAAAUGGAAGGCCUGGUAUUCUCACGAACAUCACCGGGCGGAGGCAGCAGCACCAGCAAUCCGGGAGGCGGGGCAGGAGGCGUCUUGAGCAUGAAUAGUAUCAGCAUGGGGAGCAGGAGCAGCAGCGCUUCUUCAGCAGAGCGCUCUCUCCUGCUGGGGGCCCUGGCGACGCACAUGGGGGUCCUAGACGCAAGGGAGAACGACGCGCAGACCAUCAUUCGCAAGUCUGAGCUGUGGGACGAGAUCACAAGGCAGUUCAACGCGCACACACUCGCACCUCGAUCCCGCCAGCAAAUUCAGACGUUGUAUAAGAACAUGAAGGCAAAGGCCCGGCGGUAUGAGGCGCGCCUGGCUGAGGUAGCGAGCGGUGUGCCUCCUCCGGACCCAGAUCCCAUAUCGGAGAUGCUGCUCGGCCUUCUUCACCAGCAGAUGCAGCACCAGCGGCGCCACCUGCAGCGUCUUGCGGUGCUGGACAACUACGGCCACACUCACACACUGCCCACCCAGUCCCCACCUGCAGAUGACACUGUUAAGCCCUUCAACGCCAAUGUGGACACGCCCAUUCUCACGCCCGAACAGGUGAUGCAGGUGUCUCUCGAGGAAGGACUCGCCACGGAGAUGGACAUGAAGGACGAACCUCAGGACACCACCGUCACGGCCUCCCCAGAGGAGCACCUUCAGAAGAGGGACGAGGAAGAGGAAGGGGAAGGAAAAGAAAGAGAAGAGCAUAAAUCGUCCUCAAAUAUUUUCCCAGAGUCGGUUUUCACUCCUCUGCGCACUGGAAUUUCUUCCAUAUCGCCUCUCCAGCAAGGUGUCGCCGUGACAGGGACAGUAGGGGCCGCCUUUCAGGAGCAGCAACAGGAAGAGCAGCAGCAGCAGCAGCAAGGGACAAUUCAGCGGACCCCUUUUUCCUGUUUUACCUCAUCGUCUUUGCGGCUGAACAACACAACUAUUCCCUGCAGCACUAACCUACAGAGCCCUUCCAAAACUCCGCUCAGUCUUCAUUUUCCAACCUCUUAUCUCUCUCACACUAGUGCCCACACACUCUCCUAUUCCAAAAGUCCUCUGGGAACCAACAGCACCGCAGAUCACUUAUCCCAAACCGCCAAGAGACAAAAGCUGGACACUUUGGGGGACGCGGGUCGCUUGAGAGGGUGUGGGGGCGGCCUGUCUACUCGUAUCUCAAAUUCCCACUGCUGCUGCCCUGACUUGCAUGCCAUCCUCGCUGCCCAAGCCGAGCAGGAACACCAACUCAGAAUGAAGGUGCUGAUGGAGGAGAGCGAGGCGGGGACCAAGGAACACGCCGUCAGGAUGAGAAUUCUCUCGUUGGAGGAAGAGGUGCUGAGGGCAAGGCUGGGGGCGGGAAGGGAGCGUGAGAGCGAAAAGGGAACAGAUGUUUCUGAGCGUGAGGCUGACGGCGUGGAUGACGGGGGUGACGAGUAGUACAAUGUGUGAUACGUGAGCAAUGUACUUAGAUUAUAAAAUUGUUCUUUUAAUAGCACUAUGAAUUAAUCUUUUUUAUUAACUAUUGUUUGUGUAACGAAGUGUGUUGAGGUGAUAAGUAUGAGUCACCUGUUAAGCAUACUUGAGACAAAAUUGUGAAAUCAUUCGUGUGUAUAUUCUUUUUUAUGUUACAAGCGACAGAACAAAUAUCAUAUAAUGUUUGCAUAUUUAUCUGAAAAAAAAGAAUGCUUAAGCGUUCAUCAAAAGAAUACACGUGUACAUUUCAGUCGUCUACACACACAAACACACACACACACACACACACACACACACACACACACACACACACACACACACACACACACACACACACACAAAUAUCACACAC